GUGCGCGCGGGCGCCGCGCCGGGCAGGAGCAGGAAGAGGGGGCGCGGGGGGGGGCAGAGGUUACACAGCGAGAGCCCCCCAAAUGACAGAACGAGGUGUGUGUAGGCUGGUGUGUGAAGAUAAUCGCCCUGAAUGCUAGCCAGCUGCUUCUGUUCUGCUCCGAGCACCGUGCUGUAAAGUGAGCAGCGCAAGUCCUGACGUGGCUGGGGAGAACCUCUUGGCCACUGAAGCCUGGGACUGCCUCCGUCCUCAUCCACCUGCCAGCUGCAGGCAAGCAGCAGCAACGCAAAGCAAAUGAGCAACUGAUGGCUGAGGACUAACUGUUCUCCACUGCAGAGGCUGGAUCUUGCAGGAUAGACUGUGCGGAGAGAGGAUCAGCUGGACACUGGGUGAAUUUAACAGCUCAACAGUUUGAUGAAACCCUCCUGCUGUGCAUGCCCGUUGUAGAAAAGCAACUCCACUUGGCCUGUGCCCACUUAAACAUCCCAGAAGGAAGCCACACCACUCAGAAGCACCGCAGACAUUCAGGAAUUCAUUUUUUUCUUCUUGGGGGUGGCAAGAAAGCCAGCACAAGGAGUCCUGGCUCAUGCAGCGAACAAACAGAGCAAGCGAUUUCCUGACUGGGGAGGGCCCUGGACUAAAGUGACACAUUUCCUCUUUGUCAGGGUGAGUGGGUAAAAAUCCAAAGCUGCUAAAGUGCAGCCAACAAAGAGCAAAGUCAGCAAAGUGCGCACAUUCACAGACUAGAAUUGUGAACACACGGGACCGCUGAUAGCCCGGUCAGAGCAACACAAUACAAGCCCGAGAGGGUGGCUCUGCUCCCCGCUUUGCGUUUGCUUUUGGCGCCUGGUGAGCCCCUCUGACAGUAACAUGAGCAGAUAGGAUCGAAGUCACAUUUCCUGGUUGAUGGAGUUGGACUGAGGCCAGCGGGGAACCCGAGCAGCCCCAGGCCGGGGGGGGCAAGAUGAUGCUGCGCCGGAGCAACGUGGUGGUGUGGGGCGUGCUGCUCUUCAUCGCCUGGAACCUGCUGCUCCUCCUCUUCCUGCUGGCCCGGCCCCCGGCGGGUGGAGGCAGCCCGGACCCCGAGGAGCUGACCCGCCAGGUGGUGCGGGUGGCCGAGGAGGUGGAGCAGGAGCUGGAGGUCCAGCAACAGCUGCUGCACCAGAUCCAGGAGCACCAGAGCCUGUGGCGCCAGGGCAAGGGGGAGGAGCAGCAUCCCGCCGCACCCCCUCCUCCCCCCACCCCGGACCACCACCGCCCACCCCCUCAGGACAGCCCGCUGCCCGUGCUGGUGAUCGGCUGCGACCGCCCCACCAUCCGCCGCUGCCUGGACAAGCUGCUCCAUCACCGGCCCUCCAAGGAGCUCUACCCCAUCCUGGUGAGCCAGGACUGCGGCCACGAGGAGACGGCCCGGGUCAUCGCCUCCUACGGCGACCAGCUGAUGCACAUCCGCCAGCCGGACCUCAGCGACCUGCCCGUCCCUCCGGAACACCGCAAGUUCCAGGGCUACUACAAGAUUUCCCGCCACUACCGCUGGGCCCUCAACCAGGUCUUCCGCACCUUCAAGUACAGCGCCGUCGUGGUGGUGGAGGACGACCUGGAGGUGGCCCCGGACUUCUUCGAGUACUUCCGUGCCCUCCUGCCCCUGCUGCGGGCCGACCCCAGCCUGUGGUGCGCCUCGGCCUGGAACGACAACGGCAAGGAGCAGAUGGUGGAGACGGGGCGGCCCGAGACUUUGUACCGCACCGACUUCUUCCCUGGACUGGGCUGGAUGCUGCUCAAGUCUACGUGGGAGGAACUGGAGCCCAACUGGCCGGGCGCCUUCUGGGACGACUGGAUGCGGCACCCCGCCCAGCGGCAGGGCCGCUCCUGCAUCCGGCCCGAGCUCUCCCGCACCAUCACCUUUGGCCGCAAGGGGGUGAGCAACGGGCAGUUCUUCGACCAGCACCUCAAGUUCAUCAAGCUCAGUGACCGCUUCGUGCCUUUCACCCGCCUGGACCUCUCCUACCUCCGCAAGGAGCGCUACGACCCGGCCUUCACCCGGCAGGUGUACGGCGCGCCGGCUCUGCGGGUCGACGAGCUGCAGCGCAACGAGCGGGCGGAGCUGGGCGCCGUCCGCGUCCAGUACUCCACCCGCGACGCCUUCAAGGCCUUCGCCAAAGCCCUGGGUGUGAUGGACGACCUCAAGUCCGGGGUGCCCCGGGCCGGCUACCGAGGCGUCGUCACCUUCAUGUACCGCGGACGCAGGGUGUACCUGGCGCCGCCCAAGGACUGGAGCGGGUACGACCCCAGCUAGGGUUAGCCUGCGGCCCCCGCGCCCUCCUCCCCGAGACUGCUUCAUUCCCACUGGGGUCCCCCACCUCCGCCGCCUCUCUCUCUCCUGGUGAGAGUUGAGGGAAAUCCUCGGCAGAACAAAACAAAGAUGCCUCCCUGGUCGGGUGUUAACAGCCCUCCUACCCCCUCUCCCCCCCUCUCCCUACCCCACCUCUAUCCCCCCUCUCUCCCUACCCCACCCCUCUCCCUACCCCACCUCUAUCCCCCCUCUCUCCCUACCCCACCCCUCUCCCUACCCCACCUCUCCCCCUCUCUCCCUACCCCACCCCUCUCCCUACCCCACCUCUAUCCCCCCUCUCUCCCUACCCCACCCCUCUCCCUACCCCACCUCUCCCCCUCUCUCCCUACCCCACCCCUCUCCCUCCCCCACCCCUCUCCCUACC